AUGGACUCCAAUCCCCCAUUUAUAGAAUACCCUGCUGUAUCAAUGGAGGAGAUCGCACAAUCAUCCACCUUUGAUCCCUCACUGCCAGCGGAUCACCCUUUCGUGACUCGUGCCAUGCGAUUCCAAGCCCCCCUCUCUCAUCUCGAGUCAACCAACCCCCACGAGGCAUACCCCCAGGAGCCAUGGUGGAAAUCAGACCUUUCGCCCUCUUCGAUGGGACUGGUAUCCACCGACAUGCAACAAGGCAAUCAUCUCGCCCCGUGGUUCAGCACAUUAUCAACCGUCUCCGAUCCUCAAAGUCCCCGCAGUAGUAACAGCGGCAGCAUGCCGACAAUAAACUACUACUCGUCCCCGUUCCUACAGGACGAUAUCGUUAUCCCCACACUCGAUAUCGACUACAAUACAUACCCCAUGCCAGACAAUCUGAUCGAUGCGGAGCCAUCUCCAUGCUGGCCGAGCAGCCACUCAGACCGCAACCCUACCCCAGAGACCCGAUGGUCCUCCCCAUCACAUCAAGAGAGCAUCACCCUCACCCCACGACCAAAGGCACGAGCUAGUUCGACUUCGCGCGUUCGCAGGACUAUAGAAGCCCGCGCGGGGUCAGCUUCAGGCCGUCGCCGUCGCCGUCCCCUCUCCAGCGCAGCAAAUGAAGGCAUCGGUCCGCCUCGCACGUUCGUCUGUAGUUUUGCUCCGUACGGCUGCAAAAGCACCUUCGUCUCGAAAAACGAGUGGAAGCGUCACGUCACCUCACAACAUCUCCUACUCGGCUUCUACCGCUGCGACGUAGGCAGAUGCAAAGUCCGAACCCCCGUCUCAACCUCCAAAUCCCGCUGCGACUCUCCCCCGCCCGGCCAGCCAAACGACUUCAAUCGCAAAGAUCUCUUUACCCAACAUCAUCGUCGCAUGCACGCUCCCUGGCAACAACCUGCCCGUCGCCGUGUCCCGGCGGAUUCUGAACGCCAGAGCUUUGAAUCCAGCCUCGAGGCGGUCCGCAGACGCUGCUGGCAUCCCCUGCGUGAUCCGCCAAUCCAGAGCCACUGUGGGUUCUGUGGAGAGACUUUCAAGGGCAGUACCAGCUGGGACGUGCGGAUGGAGCAUGUCGGGCGCCAUUUCGAGCGCGAGGACACGGCCUGUCUUGGGAAUGAGAUUGAGGAUGUGGCAUUGCGAGAGUGGGGGCUGGCGGAAGGAAUCUUGACUAUUGUUGAUGGGCAGUGUCGUUUGACUUCACUGCUGGGAGCAGAGACUUGA